UCCCCUCCCCACAAACCAUUCCUAACACAACCAUUAUGUCGUCAAAGAGAAGAUUCGACAAGAAGAAGGCGCAGACCUAUGCGAUGGUCUUCCGUUCGCACGAAGAUCCGUUGUUUCAUGACACAGAAGCGCCGGAGCACGUGUUCGUGGCGGUAGACAACCCCAACGAAGCGCGCAAAGCGUCAGUGCUCGCGGCCAAAAGCCAGGAGGCGGCCAAGAGACGUUUCAACACCGGUAAGGAGCUCGAGCUUGACUUUGAGGAACAAAUCGCCCAGGGUAGCAUCAGGCCCAACGAGGGUGAGGCCGCUGUGUACGGGAUCACGUACGACGACUCCAAGUACGAUUACAUGCAGCACUUGAAGCCGAUUGGGCGUGGCGACGGUGUGUUCAUGCCGAAAAAGGGUGUUGAGGAUGUCAAGAAGAACACUGGCGAACUCGUGUUCCGUGACGAUGCCCCCGAUAUCAGGCAGCUUGUGGAGGAGAAGGAGCUCCUUGCGGCGCCGAGCCAGGUCCAGGUCAAGGCGACGUACCAGGAUCAGCAGAACGUGCAAGAUGCGAUCGCGGGGUUUAGACCGGAUAUGGAUCCGCGGCUUAGAGAGGUCUUGGAGGCGUUGAACGAUGAGGCGUAUCUCGAUGAGUCGCACGACGUUGACGACGGCGACGUCUUUGGUGACUUGUUGCAGGGCGGCGAGGCCGAUGAAGCCGAGUUCUUUGGCGAUGAGUAUGAAGAGGACUGGGAUCUCGACAACUUCGAGGACGAAUACAGUCAGUACGACGAGCCGGAGCAGCGAGAGUACGUAGAGCAGCAGCAGAAGAGCGAGAACCCCGAGACGAAUCAGGACUGGGAAUCCCAUUUCAAGUUAUUCAAGCAGAAGCAGAAGGCUGUGGCGAAUGACUGGGACUCGGACGACGAUUUUGAAGCGGAAGAAGCGGAGGAGGACCAAGUGGGCGAUUUACCGGAAUUUGGGGCCAAAAAGGUGAGCAAGACCAAGCAGAGAAAGAAGAAGGGGGCCAUGACCGAUACUUCUGCGUUCUCCAUGACAUCCUCCGCGUUGUUCCGUACCGAAGGCUUGACCUUGUUAGACGACCGCUACGACCGCCUUGUUAAGAGCACAUACAAGAAGUCGCUCAGCGGGUUUGGUAACGAGGACCGCUACGGAGAGGAUGGUGAGGUGGCGUAUUCGUCCGAGGAGGAAGAGGAGUAUACACCGUUUGAGAUGGCCAACGAGAGACCGGACUUUGAGAACAUGUUGGAUGACUUCUUGGACAACUAUGAGCUCGAGGGGGGCAGGCGUUUAGUGCCGAAGGACGCGGAGAUCCAAAAGUUGAAAGACGCGUCGGAUUUGGUCAGUAAAGGAAAGUUGGCUGCCAAGAGAAAUCAGAUGAAGACCAAGGGGGUCAAUGGAAUCACCACAGGGUUGAAUGCGUUGAGGUUCUAAGUGUAUCAAAUUGUAUAAUAAAUUAAUGGUUAUGGAAACCC